CAUUUGAUAGCCGGCAACAACAGCAGCAGCAGCUGAGGCACAAAACUUGGCCGAACGUGAAGCAUGUAAAGGCCACGAUUGCCAUAUGAAGAUAUGUUGAAACUUGAACAGCAGCAGCAGCAGCAACAACAACCAGAACAACAUGGCCGCCGGCAAUGGAGCAAGCGCCAGCGAUCUGGACUGCCAAGUCAAUGUGGAGGAUUUGCCCAUAACCUUCAAGGUCAAAUACAUUGGCUCGGAGGUGGCGCGUGGCCUGUGGGGCAUUAAGUACACACGCCGGCCGGUUGAUUUAAUGGUGGGCGUGGCCAAGAAUCUACCGCCCAACAAAGUGCUGCCCAACUGCGAGCUGAAGGUGUCGACAACGGGCGUCCAGCUGGAAAUUAUCUCGCCCAAGGCGAGCAUCAACAACUGGAGCUAUCCGAUAGAUACGAUAUCGUACGGCGUACAGGAUCUGGUCUACACGCGCGUCUUUGCCAUGAUUGUGGUCAAGGAUGAGUCCAGUCCGCAUCCGUUUGAAGUGCACGCUUUUGUCUGCGACAGUCGGGCCAUGGCGCGCAAGCUGACCUUUGCUCUGUCCGCCGCUUUUCAGGACUACUCGCGGGUGGUCAAGGAGGCCGCCGACGAUGACCAGGACAAUGGCAAUGCCACGCCCAGCGACGCCAUAACGCCCACACGGCAAAAGUUCGCUAUCGAUCUGCGCACACCCGAGGAGAUUCAAGCGGGCGAACUGGAGCAGGAAACGGAGGCAUAGCACAUACCUCCUAUGUGUGUGUCCAUGGGUGUCCAUGUGUGUGCACGUGUGUGUGUAUCGGUGUCUUAUAUAUAUUUGUAUUAUUUCGUGGGGUUCGGGAGUCGCGGAGUCAAUUGUGAUUGGCCUAGUUACUUAUCGUCCAGCUAACGCAGAUGCUGUUGUUAUUGUACUUCUCUCACCAGGUAGUUGCCUCAUACAGCUAAUUACCCAAAGCCUAAGCGUAAACGAACUGUAAACAAUUGAUUUUUUACCUAAAAUAAAUAUUAAUAUAUAAACUAAUUGUAUAAAU